AUGGCGGCCGCGGCUGUGCGGGAAAGGGAGGAGCGAUGGGAGAGCGAGGAUGCCAUCCUGGUGGAGGAGCUGGUCCUAGUGGUGGGUGACCUAAGGUUGGUGCUGCAACUGGCCGUGUUGGAGGGGGAGGACGGAGAGGACGAGGAGGCCACGGAGGAGGCCGCGGAGGAGGUAGACGAGGCUGACACGGAGGAGGAAGAUGAGUCUAGGGAGAGGCUGAGGUGGAGGAGGCUAAGGAGGAGCAUGUUGGAGAGGCAAAGGAAGAGGAGGCUGGGGAGUGCGAGGGCCCUGAGGAGGGAGAGGAGGCUGAAGGGGCUGAGGAGGAGGCUGAGCAUGAGCACCAGAGGGAAGAGGGCCGAAGGAGGAAGAGGGGCUCAGGAGGUGCAGGAGAAGCGGAAAGGGGAAGAACAGCCAGAGGGGCGGCGGGGUCCGAUCCCGUCCUCGCUCGAGGCUCUAGAGGCCCUGCAGUCGGAGCUGGAGCGCAUGAAGAAACAAGCCAGCAGGUCCUACUCUGGGCUCAGGCUCAGGUUUUGUCGGAGGCGGCAGCGUCCCCUGGAACACCGAAGCGCCCUUAUCCGGGGCAUCCCUGGCUUCUGGGCCAAGGCUUUUGUGAACCACCCCCAGAUGUCAGCCGUGAUCAGGAAGCAAGAUGAAGGCCACCCUGGCUACAUGACGGAUUUGAAGGUGGAGGAACUCAGGUUUCCCCGUGAUUGCCGCAAGAUCCUGGUCUUCUUUCGAAAAAACCCCUACUUCCGGGAUGAAGUCGUUGUGAAGGAGUAUGUCCUCAGCGCUGCUGGGUACGGACCGGCCCAUUGCACUCCCAUCCAGUGGCACCAGGAUUAUGAACAGGAGGCCUACAGUCGCAGGCACCACAACACCAGUCUUAACUCCUUCAAGUGGUUCUCUGACCACAGCUUUGCUGGUUCUAGCACCAUAGCUGAGAUCAUCAUGGAAGACCUGUGGCCCAACCCCCUGCAGUACUACGUGAGGAAGAAGGCCCCAGGAGAGGGAACCGAGAGGAUGACAGGGCCAUGA